ACUAUGUCGAUAGGUUAAUUUUUUUUUUUUUGCAUAGAUAUAGCAUAAAAACAUUUUUUAAAGGAAAUCCUCUUACUUGAAUUCCUGGCUCUGCCACUGUUUUCCUGCAACGACGGAAAGUUAACCCUUUCCCAUCCUUUAUAUGUUUUAGGUCUUUUCUUCCUUUUACUCUCUUGAGAAGGUCAACACAACAGUUCACCUGAUUAACUGUAAUUUUUACUUGUGUUUUCCCCUCUUUUUCUCUCGUAUUAUCUUUAGAUUUGUUUCCAAGGUAGGGAUAAGGUCAGCGUACACUCUACCCUCCCAGACCCCACUUUGUGGGACUACAUUGGGGAAAUUUUUUAUUAGUGCGAGACGCGUUUGAAUUGGAAGAAAUGUACGGGAAGAAAGGAAGUGAAUUAAUUCAAGAAUUUGCAGAGAGUGAACCUGGGCAGCUUGCAGCUUUUAAUACUGACCUCGUUACGCAAGUACUUGAUGAAUGUAACAGCCAUUUCCUGCACCUCAAUUCCUUGGUGAGGAAAAUGAAUGUAAGAACUCCCGCUGAAAGUUCAAGUGCAAACCGACCAACUCAAAAUGGUGCAAGUUCAAAUACCGAAUCACCUGAUGACAACGAGCCACCUGAGGCUGAUACAAGUACAAAUACGGAGCUCCCCAAAGAUGAUAAUUACCAUGGGCUGCUUAUCCAUCAUCAGUCUCUUACUCGCAACAAACGCUGUCUGAUGGCUUAUGUAUAUAAUCGAGCAGAAGUCGUUCGAAGAUUGGGAUGGACCCUUGAACGUGUCCUCCCAGAAGAAAUUGAAGAGAAGCUUAGUACCUCAGAGAAAGAAUAUUUUAAAAAUCAUGCUGCAACUAUCCAAUCGUACAUGUCAGCACUUGAUCUUGAUCUGGGAGUGGAUAUGGUGCCUCCGAAAGAUCCCUAUAUCAAGGUGAGGGUCCUCGAUGACAUUGGUAAUGUUGUCCUCAGCGACCAAUUAGCCAACCUUGCUCGUCAUGCAAUUCUUUUCAUUAGGCGAACCGAUGCAGAGCAGUAUAUCUCUCAGGGCUUGAUGGAAGAACUCACGAGUUGAUUCCAACGACUAUGAGUUACAAAGCUGGUUCUGAUUGUGCAUUGCUUCUGCACAAUUCAGCCGUGUCAGGGCAACUGCUAUAUGGAGGGUGAAGUUGAAUGCUAGCUAGUUCAAAGAGUGCUAAUCAAGUUUGAGAAGGCAUUGAAGACAUGGAGGGAAUUGUUGAUUCAUCAAUCAUCAUCCAUGUGAAUACAAAAGAGUGUUUGUUGAUUUUAAUAGCAUCUAAACCAGAAGUGGAAUUGUAAUCUAUUCAAAAAGUAAACCAGAAGUGGAAUUGUUUAUUGCUCUUGGAUGAAGAAAAACCUUGAAGUAAAACACAAUUUACUUGUCCUGUA